UUAAGGUUGCUGGCUCUAAAAUGUCUCAACCAACGACUGCAGUCCCAUGGUCAUCCGAGCUCUGGGACUGCUUCCCCGACCUGCGUAGCUGUUUCGUGACAUUUUGGUGUCCAUGUAUUACUUUCAGGCAGAUCUCCGAGAUUGUAGAUAAAGGAGCAUCCUCCUGUGGUGGAAACGCGGCCCUGUUUUUCCUGAUAAGUCUUUUCACAAAUUGUGGCUUCUGUUACUCGUGCUUUUAUCGUCAAAAACUGCGAAAACAAUAUAUGUUGGUGGAGACCCCCUGUUUGGAUUGCUGUGUUCAUCUUUUUUGCCUUCAUUGUGCCUUGUGCCAAGAGUAUCGUGAGCUCCAGCACCGUGGGUUUGACGUGUCUCUUGGAUGGCAUGGGAACGCGCAUAUGCACAAUCAACGAGUACUGGCAAUGGCUCCAGCUGUGGAAGGAGGGAUGAAGCGGUGAUGCUGAUCGAUCAUUUGCAUGCGUGCAUGGGGAGUGUUAUUUAGUUGGAAUAAUAUUAUAAUAUUUAACGUUGUACCUUCUUGGGUUUGCUUUGCUGGCCUCUCUUGUGUGUCCUUCGGUACUUU